AUGCCGGCGGGGCUCUCCUGGCCCGCGGCGGCGGCUCUGGCGCUGCUGGUCCUGGCGCUGCUGCUCGCCCUGUGCCGGCACCUGUGGGCGCUGCGCUGGAGCCUCAGCAGGGACCGCGCCAGCGCCCUGCCCCUGCCCAAGGGCUCCAUGGGCUGGCCCUUCUUCGGGGAGACCCUGCACUGGCUGCUCCAGGGCUCCCGCUUCCACAGCUCCCGGCGGGAGCGGUACGGCAACGUUUUCAAGACCCACCUGCUGGGCCGUCCGGUGGUCCGGGUGACGGGCGCCGAGAACAUCCGCAAGAUCCUGCUGGGCGAGCACACGCUGGUCAGCGCGCAGUGGCCCCAGAGCACCCAGAUCAUCCUGGGCUCCCACACCCUGCUCGGCUCCAUCGGCGACCUGCACCGCCAGCGCCGCAAGAUCCUGGCCAGAGUGUUCUGCCGCGCCGCCCUGGAGAGCUACCUGCCGCGGAUCCAGAAGGUUGUGAGCUGGGAGCUGCGGGGCUGGUGCAUGGAGCCGGGCUCCAUCGCAGUUUAUUCCUCCGCUAAAACCUUAACUUUCCGCAUUGCAGCUCGGAUUCUGCUGGGACUCCGCCUGGAGGAAAAGCAGUUCAAGGACCUGGCCAAAACUUUUGAACAGCUGGUGGAGAACCUCUUCUCCCUGCCCCUCAACAUACCCUUCAGCGGGCUGCGCAAGGGAAUCAAAGCACGGGACAUGCUACAUGAGUUCAUGGAGAAGGCUAUACAGGAAAAACUGCAGAGAACCAACUCAGAAGACCAUAGCGAUGCUCUGGAUUUCAUAAUAAACAGUGCCAAGGAGCAUGGCAAAGAAUUCACCAUGCAGGAGCUGAAGGAAUCAGCCAUUGAGCUCAUAUUUGCUGCUUUUUUCACCACGGCCAGUGCCAGCACCUCUCUCAUCCUCCUGCUACUAAAGCACCCCUCAGCGAUCAAAAAAAUCAGGCAGGAGCUGAUGUCCCACGAGCUGUACCCACAGUGCCAGUGCUGCCCUGCGGGACCCAGCCCGGACACCUUGCCCAUGCAAGGCAGGGACAGCAAGAAGCAGCUCCCCGCCAUGGCCAGAGAUGCUCUUGAGGACCAGAGACAGCCUCCGAGCCCCCCGGAGGAGGCAGAGCCCAGCGGUGGCCUCUCCCCACAGCCCCCAGCCCCACUGGAGCCCACACACCCCCAGAGCAGUCCCCAGCCCCAGGCCUGUCACUGCCCCUCAGACAUCAGCCUGGAGAAGCUGGGCCGCCUGCGCUACCUGGACUGUGUGAUCAAGGAGGUGCUGCGGGUGCUGCCCCCUGUCUCUGGAGGCUACAGGACGGCGCUGCAGACUUUCGAGCUGGAUGGCUACCAGAUCCCCAAGGGCUGGAGUGUGAUGUACAGCAUCCGUGACACGCAUGAGACAGCCGCCGUCUACCAGAGCCCCCCUGGUGGCUUCGACCCUGACCGCUUCAGUGCUGCCCGGCCAGAGGCUGUCAGCCGCUUCCACUACAUCCCCUUUGGCGGCGGGGCGCGGAGCUGCAUCGGCAAGGAGCUGGCGCAGGCCAUCCUCAAGCUGCUGGCCAUCGAGCUGGUCACCACGGCCCGCUGGGAGCUGGCCACCCCCGCCUACCCUGCCAUGCAGACCGUGCCCAUCGUGCAUCCCGUGGAUGGGCUGCAGCUCUACUUCCACCCCUUGCGGCCCAGCCGCGGCAGUGAGGCCUAAGCCAGGGUGCUGCGCCCAGCCCUGGCUGUGGUACUGCUCCGUGACUGGCUGGGUCGCUGCAGAACAAGGCCCCAAAGGUCUUUUUUUUUUUUAAACCCUCCUGGUGUCCUGCAGAGUAGGGUCCCACAGAGUCCUGCAGACAGCCCCAAGCACUGGGGCAAGCCUCACCCCCAACCCCAGGGGCAAAACAGGAGCUGCCGGCAGGGAGCAUCCCCCGUGGGUGCCCAUCCAGCCCCUGCCACACACAAGUCCCUGGGGAGCAAAAACCCCAGGCCCAUAGUUAAGGCUCCUGGAGCUUUUCUCUCUCAUGGCUUUCUUCUGUGGGCGUGCUGUAGGAGAGGCAGGAGGCACAUCCUGCACACCGGGGCUUUUUGGAGAUGUAAAAAGGGGGAAGAAGGGGGGACUCUGUAGGAAAACACAAACCAGGUCUGCCCAAUCCACAGCAUCAGCUGUAGCUAGAAUAAUAGUUUGUAACAUGUUUUUUUAUUGUAAAUAUUUCAUCUCUUUCCUGCACUUCCCAUUAGAGCCAGCACAAACGGGACAUCUGUUCACCAGAUCGUAGUAGCUGUGGCUGUCGUGCCUGAGCACUGUGCUGCUGCUCAGGGUCUGCCAUGAAGCCCCCUGCGGGGUCCCUGCAGGAUGUAUUCCCCAGCCAGGGAGUGGCCUGAAGCAGGGGAGGGACCAGACCUGUGGGGAAUAAACAUUUGGGAAACGGACAUUUCUGAGUAUGCCUGCUUCGUGGUGGCAUGUCCCAUGUUCUUGCUUGUAUGGCUCAAGUGGUAGAGGGGACAUCUGCGUGGUAGCAGAGUGGUUGUGAGCCCGUGGUGGCUGUCCAGCUGAGUGACCACCGUGUCCCUCCUGCCUGGCCCUGCUGGGGAAGUGCUGGGUCGGGGGCUCCUGGGCCAGUCUGAGGGUGGUCCCUGGGGCUGAAGGCACCUUCCCAGGCAUUGCUGAGGCACAGGGUGUUUCUCUCCCAUGUAAAAUGAUGUGAGUGCUGUCACCUACACUCUGAAUGUCCCGCUUUAGUGCCAGGCCAG